CUAACUAGUUACCUCUUCUUUAUGAAAAAACAGUAUUUCUUUUCAGUUUCUAUAAGUUACGUUAUAUUUCUACUCGUUUGGGGGUGUCUUAUUUCGGUUCAAGGGUUGGCUGGUCUCUUGGUAUCUAUAAUUAUGUUGUAGAAGAAUCUUUUCUUUUCUUAUGUGGUUUGAGGAAUAAUUAUGUAAUUUUUGGAUUAUUCCCCCUUUUGGUGAGGGUUAAAGGCUUGAGAAUCCAUGUAUCCUCAGCUAAGAUUAAGCUUUUAUAUGCUGACAAAAAAAAAGAUUAAGCUUUUAUAUGAUUCAUUUACGUACAUUUUACACUAGUGAAACCAUAUUCAAGUGACCUAAUUAAAAAGCCAAGAUAAGCAUAAAGCGAAAUUCUCAACUGCAGAAACCUGAAUCUAAAUUCACAUAUAUUAAAGCUAAAGAGGAGCAAACCAAAUAAACACAAACCAGAAACCACAAGAAAGAUGGGGACUAAAAUAAGAAAACAAUAGAUAUGGGACAGUUUCAAAAAAAAAACAAUAGAUAUGGAGUACAAUCGCAUAAAAAUCUCAUAUACUUUGGGGGAUUUUAAAUUCUUGAGAUCAAAUGAUAUCUCCACUACCAGAUUAAACUUUUGCAUGUUUCUCUGAACCAUUUUUACGUGUUACACUUUUACAUAUUUCUCUGAACCAUUUUUACGUGUUACAUUGAAAAUAGUUUCAUAAAAAUAAAAAACAAAAAUAAAAAGAAAAUAGUUUCAUAGGAGAUAGUUGACAAGAAAAAAUUAGAAAGACGAGGACUGAAAGAAAAAUAACAAUAAAUUUGGGGCACAAUCGCGUAAAGAUCUGAUACCUUAGGGGUUUUAGUGCUAUAAAGUAAGAGUUGCGAACCAAAACAUAAAUAACAUUGGAGGAGAGAGAGAGAACGGAGUAUUAAAGCUUAUCUUUUCCGACAAAAAAGGAGAAGAAUAAGGUUUUGUCGUUUUUAUCCCAAACUUGAGAAACUAGGGUUUGUGAUGGCUUCAGUAUGUAUGUCCCGUGGGAUCCUAAAUGUGUGAUACUGCAGGCUCUCACACUUUUAGGAUCCUUGAACCGUGGGAUCACUGACCCGUGGGAUCCUAAAUGUGUGAGAGCGUACAGUAUGUAUGUCCCUGGAAAAGAGCCCGAAGGUACGAAGCGUAUGUUGGAGAAGAUUCGUGGUAAACGUGACAUACGGAUCCACUAUCACACACAAGUCGAGGAGUGCCGUAUCAUCAACGACCAGAUCGUCAAGUCACAGGGCUUUGAUGUUGAUUUCUCUAAGCUACGUUACCUUUUCGAUUUCCAGCCUGCGUUUCUCGAUGAAGUCUAUCCACUCGGCAAACCAGAUACCGGCCGGGUCUGUUUCGGUAGACUGUCUGCGGAAGCCAUUGAGAUUUACAACAAAAAGAGAGGGGACUAAUUUUGAGUUUGUUGAGGUUGAGAAAGCUAAUAUUUACUCGAACAGCGGAGAGGUCUACUUCAUCACAUUUGUAGCCAAAGAUCCUCUUGACAAGAAGACGAAAGUGUUUCAAGCUAAGGUCAUUCAUGUGUUCUGUAGAGAGAUUGUACUCAGCUUCUGCAGGCUUAAACCCAAUCAACCAGUAACAUGUGAUGAUGAAGAGUCCAUUGCAAAGAAAGCGCCCAUUUCAAGUAAAAAGAAGAGAAAGCAUAGGUUGAAAAUUAAACCAGGUUGUAUUAAUUCAAACCUAAAAGGUGAUGGUUUGGGCCUCGGUGAUAAGCAAGCAGCCCAGCCCAAGAGCAAAGAACAACGGUCAUCAGAAGCUACUUAUGAAAACAGAGCAGAAGGAGAUGAGUACAAGCAAAGGAUGAUGAGUGAGCUUGCAAAUCGAUUCUUUGCCCUUGCUUCAUUUGACUUAUCAUGAUGAUGCCAUCUAUAUACUACAUCUAGGGUUUUAGGCUUUUCAUAUAAAUUAUAUGGAAUCCAUGGUGAUUGUAAGAACUCGAGAGAGUUGAAAGAAAUCAAGAAGAUGAAGAGUGAAUCUAUUAUGAUCGUAUUCAACUUAUGUUGGCAGUAACAUGUGAUGAUGAAGAUUCCAUUGCGACGAACUCGUCCAUUACAAAAAAGAAAGAAAGAAAGAAAGGUAUAACUAACUAGUUAUCUGAUAAGUACGAAGAUCGAUACUCAAUACAACACACUCUUUAUUACUCUAACAACGAUCAAUUACAAGAUAGCUUGAGACUUGACUCAAUCUAGACUCUCAUGUGAGUGCGUUUUGAAUCUCCAAACUCAUAUGAUCGGGUCUAGACUAAUAUGUCUACCAAUUACAACAUCAAGCAUAACCUAUUCCUCAAUCAGGCUCUCUACUUAUAAUACGUCUUCUUCCUGUUGCAGAUUAAAGGCAAAGCCUCUCAACCAUCCCGAGUCUUUCCUUUGCUUUAGUCCUUCCAGGUCAUCCUCAGCACUAGCCAUGUCAGCAUAUUGAUAGAUGAUACGUAUCAUUAUCUCUACAUUAUGACAAGAGAAUCUUUCUUUUGUCGUUCAUUACAUAUAUUAAAUAUCCACUAGUUUGUUGAUUUUGGUCUUCAGUUUUCUACCAGAGUUGAAAAUUAAACCAGGGUGUUGAAGGGCUCUCUUACUUCGGUGCAAGGGUAUCUCGUCUCUUAGUCUCCCUACUUAUGUUGUGCUGCUAACCAUUCCUUUUGUUAUGAGUUUGUGGAAUAAUUAAAGGCUUCAGAAUUCCAUGCAUCAGAUGAUACUCCGAUUAAACUUUUACUCCCUCCGUUUUUUAAUAUAAGUCGUUUUAAAGCUAUGCACAUAGAUUAAGAAAAUCAUUAACUUCUUAUAUUUUCGGAACAAAAACAUCAUUAACCAUUUACCUAACCACAAUUCAACCAAUAGAAAAAUAGAAAAUAUAUUAUCAUUGGUCGGACAACAUUAAUUAUUAAUAAAUGUUACAUAGAAAACCAAAAACGACAUAUAAUUUGGAACAAAAAAUUUUCUAUAAAACGACUUAUAUUGAAAAACAGAGGGAGUAUAUGUUUCAUAACAGUAAAACCAUAUUCAAGUGUCUUUAAGGCCACAUAUAUUGUCUUAGAACUUGGAACCAUUUCUAUUGUUAUGAAGUAGAAGAAUAAUUACGUAAUAAUUGGAUUGCUCCCCUUUUGGGGAAGUUAAAGACUUGAGAAUUCCAUGUAUCCUCAACUAGGAUUAAACUUUUAUAUCUUUCAUUUGCACUAGUGAAACCGUAUUCAAGUGUCCUAAAAAGCUACGAUACAUCAAGCGAAACCGUCAACUGCAGAAACCUGAGCCGAAAUUCACAUAUAUUAAAAUGUUUUUAAGGUGCAGCCCGUGUUAUAAAAAAAAAGGAGCAGCCCAGAUAAACACAAAACCAUAAACUACAAGAAAGAUGAGGAUUAAAAUAAGAAAACAAUAGAUAUAGGAUACACUCGCAUAAAAAUCUGACAAACUUUGGGAGCUUUAGUGUUAUCAACUGAAAUCUGCUUUUAAAUUCUUGAGAUUUUCAUGUAUCAAAUGAUGUCCUCUCAGAUUAUACCUUUUUUUCUCAGAUUAUACUUUUAUAUGUUUUCUGAGCUAUUUUUACGUGUCACACUUUUAUAUGUUUCUCUGAACAAUUUACGCGUUGCACUGUUACUUUAAUGUGAACCUUUUAGGUGGCGUGUAGUUAUACUUUCUGUUUGAAACAUUUUUACUGGCAACCAAACAUCUCAAAAAUGUUGUUGUCUGUUUCGUAUUUUGUGUAUUAUCAAUCUUGUUAUUUUAUCGAUUAUAAAAUAACACUUUAUAAUUACUUUUUUUUUAUCAAACUACAAUAACACUUUAUAAUUAUAUACAUGUAUAUCAAAGAAGUUAUCUUUCCUGGACUUCUACCUCGGCAAAAAUAUUAUGAUUUCCUGACACGAGUCUGCCAACGGAGAGGUGUUUAGGAGUGCAGGUAUCGUACAUGGCAUAUGGCAUUGACUGUAAUAUAUAAUUUUAAAAAUCGUAAUAUAUAAUUUAUAUUCAAAUUUUAUUUAUUUUAAUAUAAUUAUAAAAUUCUUAAAGGCAUUUGAUUAAAUUCAAAGGGCUUUUUUUGUAAGAUUCAAAAGUUAUAAGCAGGUCAAUCAAUAAUGUCAGAUUACGCAUGGUCUCACUCUAGUACCAUUGAAGUAAAUAUUUCCAAAAUUUUCACCGAAAAGGAAAUUUACCAGCAAGAAAACUUUAUGCUCCUACUUUCUAAUUUGAUGAUGAUAUCGGGCUUCGGUUAAACCCAAGGGAGAUACAGAAUCAAGAGAUAUCGUGAUAGAGUGAGAGAGAUAAGUCUCGCUUGAAGAGCUGAUUGAGACGUCGGAGAGGAUCUCUGCAGAGUAGGAUUCUAGGCGCCCUUGGUAGUCUGUCGUCAGUUACUGAGAGAGUCAAGAGAGAUAUAUCAUCGAUUUGAUGGAGACAAGAGGAGUUUUGGGUUAGUUGGGUCUUUUAGCUUAGGGGUUUAUGUUAAGUUAUGCUUUGGUCCUUUUGGAGUGUUAACGAAUAUCCAAAGCGAAUUAGAAGGUAUUAAGGUCAACCAAAUAAUUAUGAAUAUUAAAACGAUUUUGAUAUUUGAUAUCUAUAAUAUCAGAACCAAAUGUGUAUAUUCAUAUAUAAAAACUGUGAUUUAAAAAAAAUGCUAGUUAUAUUUAAAAAUUAAAAUGAUAAAAUAUUUAAGAAUAAUUUAAAAUUAAAAUAUUUAUAUCUGGAAAAAUUAUCUAAAAGGAAUUUUAAAUAAACUAAAUCAUUCAAUAACCCAAAAUGUGUAAACCGAACCACCCAAAUUAUUUCCAAAAGUAUUCGAUUUAUAGUUUAAACUAAAUUGUUUAAGCUAAAUCAUUCAAUAACCCAAAAUGUUUAAACCGAAC